AUGGGCAUCGCAGGUCAGAACAUGGCAGAACCGACGUGGGCCGGUGGCCUGGAAUCGAAGAGGCUCAGGACUUAUCUCUUUGCUUUCCUCAUCCCUACGGUGAUAUAUUUCCUGGUUAAGGCUCUACAGCGGCCGAAAAGGCGAUUCCCUAAUGUCCCAUGGCUCCGGUUGUCGUCGAAACCAGGCAAAAAGGGAGAGAAGGAAGAUGCCAUGAAAUUUGUCGAGAAUGGACACAAGGUAAUCAUGGAAGGGGCUGAUACCGUGCAGUAUACCAGGCAAGGGCUCAAUUGGAUGAUGAGAACUCCCGAAGGAGGCCAAUUUGUCGUCCAUCCCAAAUUCGUCGAAGAACUCCGGUCGGCAAAAGAGACGGAUCUUCAUAAUCUACCAGCCAAUAACGACUUGAUGCAGACGCGCCACACUAUGCACAAAGAUCUGGAAUGGGACCAGUAUCACUUCAAUGUGGUGUCGAAACAACUCACUCACAGUUUGGGACCUGGCCUACCAGAGAUUGUCGACGAGUGCAAAGGAGCAUUUGCAACCGAGAUUGGUCAUCCAGAAGACUGGAAAUCGGUGCACAUGUACCCCACGGCAUUCAACAUUGUGACAAGGACAGCCAAUCGGUUGCUGUUUGGCAAGGAAUUGGCCCGAGAUCCAUCGUUUCUCAAAAUGGCCAUCGAAUACAGCGAGUGCUUCUUUGGCGGCGCAAACAUGGUGCGACACUACCCUGAGUGGAUGAAGCCGUUGGUGCUUCGCUUCCGCACGGGACUGGCCCAGCAGACCGCCAUCGCCAACGAGAAGCUCAUCCCCGUGCUCAAACAGAGACUCAAGGAUAUGGAACGGGCAAAGAAGGAGAACAGAUGGGCCGAGUAUGAAAAGACAAAACCGGCAGACACAAUUCAAUGGGUACUGGAUAUCACGCCUCCCGAGAAAAUGAACUUGAAAGUUGUGACUUUGAGGUUGGUCCACAUUCUUACCGCGGCCGUCCAUACCAGCAGCGUCACAUUUCUGAACACCAUGUACGACUUGGCUGCCCAUCCCGAAGUUCUUGACGAGUUGCGGCAGGAGAUCAACGACGUCUUUGCUUCCGAGAACGGCCUCUGGAGAAAGCAAGGCCUGACCAAAUUGGUAAAGAUGGACAGCUUCAUCAAAGAGUCUGCUCGAUUCCACCCGUUUCAGGCUGGUACAAUGGAUCGUAUUGCGAUGCGUGACUAUACAUUGAGCGACGGGACGUUCGUGCCCAAAGGGACUUACAUGCUGACUCCAUCCUCGGCCGCGAAUCUGGAUCCCGAUGUUUGGGGUCCCGAUGCCGAAAAGUUCGAUCCCUGGAGGUUUCAAAGAAUGCGGCAAGCGCCAGGCCAGGAAACGCUUCAUUCAAUGGUCCAGACGACGCCCAACUUUACAUUUUUUGGACAUGGCAAGCAUGCAUGCCCCGGACGAUUCUUCGCCGUGAAUGAGAUCAAAGUGCUCUUGACGUAUACACUGGUCCACUACGACGUCAAGUACCCUCCAAACGCACCCACGCCUGAAAUGAUGUGGUUCUCGGGCAAGACCAUGCCUGACAUGAAGACUUAUCUACUGUGGAAGGAGAGAAAGGACGUCCAAUUGCCUUGGAAUGAAGUAUCCUAG